AUGAAUAGUGAAGAGAAGUGUGUCAUAAAAACUAACUGCGGAAGAAUACUCAUUUCUCUAAAUCCUUUCAAAAGACUUGCGAUAUAUGAUAAAGAACAUCUGGAAAAAUACCAUGACAACAUCGAAGAUGAAGAUCUACAGCCACAUGUGUACCAGCUGGCUGAGAAUGCUUAUCAAAACAUGCUGGAAGGAGAUAAAAACCAGGGUAUCCUUAUCAGCGCCGUCAUUUGCGAGUAUAUGUUGGAAAAAAGUCGGCUGAUUAAACAAAAUCAGCAUGAAAGUAAUUUUCACAUAUUUUAUGCCUUUUUGAAAGAAGAUUUUUCGCAAUACAAAAUUACAAAACAAGCAGAUUACAGAAUAUUUUCAUAUCCUCAUACACAUGACCGACCAACGUCUUAUAAGGACAUCAUCAAAAUUUUAAAGGAUUUGGAUUUCAAGGAAGAGGAUAUUGUGCGAAUAGAGAAAUCGCUGGCAGCUAUUCUUCACCUCACAUCAAUAAACUUUGAAGAUGACAAUGGAAGAAUUCAUAUAACCACGGAAGAUGCUGUUGCGAACGUGGCUGAAUUAAUGGGUCUGGAUUUAACUGAACUCAUGAAUGUGCUCCUGGAAAAGAAAUUGAUGGCACCAGAUGAUAUUGUGAGCACCAUCAAGAGCAAAAAACAAGCAGAAGAAGAAAGAGAUGCAUUUGCUAAAUCUUUAUAUUCUCGGCUGUUUGCAUGGAUUAUUGCCAAGAUGAAUUCAUCCCUUUCAAGUUCUGAUAUGAGAGGCAGUUCGAAUUCAAUUAGCAUUUUGGAUAUGUCAGGAUUUGAAAGUCUAGAAACAAACAGUUUUGAACAAUUUGUCAUAAAUUUUACAAAUGAAAAAUUACAGAGUUACCUUGAAAAACACAUUUUUACAAUGGAAAUGGAACUCUACAAAGAGGAAGGAAUUCAGUUAUUCUAUAACAAUGACAAAUUUAAAGGCAAUGAAGAGAUACUGAAUAUGUUUGAAAAGGCACCGUCAUUGCUUAUACUAAUUGAUGAACAAACACACUUCCCAGAGUCCAACAGUGAUACUUUGUUCACAAAGUUAAACAAAACAUUUGGAAACCGUAAAUACUAUGAAAAGAAGGAUGUCACCGGAUUUUUUGCCAUUCAACAUUUUGCUGGAAAGGUGACUUAUGAAAUUGAUUCUUUCCUCAUAAAAAAUAGAGAUGAAAUUUGUAACGAUUUGAUAAUGUGUGCAAAAGGCAGCAGGGAUGAAUUCUUUUCCAGACUUUUCAGAGCUCAGAGAGAUUUAACUGGAUCGAUAGGAACGUCCAGACUGGGAGAAAAACGAACAAAAACCGUUAUAUCUUAUAUGAAGGUUUCAUUGCUCUUGCUUGUCCAAAAGCUUAACGCUGCAGAACUUCAUUUCAUCCGGUGCAUUCGACCGAACGCCUUGAAAAAGAACAAUGUUUUUGAAAGAGCUCUUGUUGAAAAGCAACUUUAUUACACAGGAAUCGCAGAUGCUGCCGAAAUAUUUAAAAAUGGAUAUCCAUUCAGAAAAACAUACAGUGAAUUUAUUAAGACGUAUACCGUGUUUUCCAAAUAUUGUAAAUCGACGGCUGAAAAAGAAAAGGUUAAAGAAAUGCUCGAAAAGGCAAACAUUAAUCCAAGUGAAUACUGUUUAGGAAAGAAUAUGAUAUUUAUGAAAGAUUCUGUGCAUUAUUGCUUAAGAAAAGCACAGAAAGCACAUCCAGUAGAGACGGAAUCUAAAAUAGAUGAGAAUAACGACGGAAAUGAAGGAACUACAGUUAUGACUAAUAAUAUCUUCGAUACAAACAAACAACAGGAUGAUGACGGAAAUGAAGGAACUACAGUUAUGACUAAUAAUAUCUUCGAUACAAACAAACAACAGGAUGAUGACGGAAAUGAAGGAACUACAUUCACCAGUGAGCUGUGUUGUUAUUCCGCAAGUAAUUUUCUCGUUGGCAGAUAUCUACGCAAAGACGGUUCCAAGUGGACUAACAUGACAUCGAGGCUAUUCCUGCGGAUAACUUUACCAAUGGUGUCGGCCUUCCCCAUCAGUGCUAAGACCGGCUAA